UCGCCAUCCUAGAGAAACAAGAAUAUGCCAAUUUUAGGCAAAUUCUAUAAGCUUUAAUUUCUUCAACGCCAACAUUUAUGGGCAUUGAUCUUGGAGACCAUCUUCACUAUGUUUUCCUCAUUUGUCAUUUUUCUUAAUCAACAUGCAUAUAUACACUCAAACUUGGAGAAAGUUAACUUCAAGCAGCUUAACAGAAAAACAUAACAGCUAUAUUUGUUAACUUUAGAAGCUGCAAAAAAUGGCAAUAACAACGUUCCCAACUGUGGACAAAUGUGCAUCAAUAGGGCGCGAAAAGGACACUGUGGUUGCGGACAUGGAUGGAACAUUGCUUCGAGGUCGAAGCUCUUUCCCUUAUUUUGCCUUAAUUGCUUUUGAAGUUGGAGGGGUUUUAAGAUUACUUUUCCUUCUCUUGGCUUCACCACUCGCCGGACUACUUUACUAUUUCUUCUCGGAGUCUGCAGGAAUCCAAGUCCUUAUUUUUGCGACGUUUGCAGGGAUGAAGGUCUCUGAUAUAGAGUCGGUAGCACGUGCAGUGCUACCGAAAUUCUAUUCUGGGGAUCUUCAUCCCCAGUCUUGGAAAGUGUUCUCUUCGUGUGGGACCCGUUGCGUUUUGACGGCGAAUCCGAGGGUUAUGGUGGAAGCAUUUUUGAAGGAUUUUUUGGGGGCUGAUAUGGUUUUAGGGACUGAGAUUGGAAGUUAUAAAGGUAGGGCUACUGGUUUUGUAAAGAAGCCAGGAGUGCUUGUUGGGAAGAACAAAGCUGAUGCUCUUAAAAAGGCAUUUGGAGAGACUAAACCUGAGAUUGGAUUGGGUGAUCGUCAUACUGAUUUUCCUUUCUUGGCUUUGUGUAAGGAAGGUUACAUUGUACCACCUAAGCCAGAAGUUAAGGCUGUAACCACAAGCAAACUUCCCAAGCCUAUCAUCUUCCACGAUGGCCGAUUAGUCCAAAAGCCAACACCUAUUAUGGCAUUGCUCAUCGUUCUAUGGAUCCCCAUCGGUUUCAUCCUCGCCUGCUUGCGCAUUGCUGCCGGAUCACUCCUCCCUAUGCCUGUUGUCUACUAUGCAUUUUGGGCACUUGGUGUUCGUGUCAUUGUUAACGGUAACCCUCCACCUCCCGUCAAGAAAUCCGAUAACAAAUCGGGUGUACUCUUCAUUUGCUCUCACAGGACUCUCCUUGACCCUAUUUUCCUCUCCACUGCACUUGGUCGACCGAUCCCGGCUGUUACGUACUCCGUUUCGCGACUUUCUGAGAUCAUUUCACCGAUUAAGACGGUUAGGCUGAAUCGUGAUCGAGACGAUGCCUCCAUGAUCAAGAAACUUCUACAAGAAGGUGACCUAGCAAUCUGCCCGGAGGGGACUACGUGUAGGGAACCGUUUCUUCUUAGGUUCUCGGCCUUAUUUGCUGAGUUAACCGAUGAGCUCGUACCUGUGGCCAUGGUGAAUAAAAUGAGCAUGUUUCACGGUACGACGGCUAGAGGGUGGAAAGGGAUGGACCCAUUUUACUUCUUCAUGAACCCUAGCCCAGCUUAUGAGGUUACAUUCUUGAACAAGUUACCCUAUGAGCUAACUUGCAAAUCAGGGAAAUCAAGUCAUGAAGUGGCUAAUUACAUACAAAGGGUUAUUGCUGCAACCCUUUCUUAUGAGUGUACUACUUUUACUAGGAAGGAUAAGUACCGUGCGCUUGCUGGAAAUGAUGGUACUGUUGUGGAGAAGCCUAAGAUAAAAAAAGGUAUAAUGGGAUGUUAAUUUAAUGUCAGCUAUAUAAUUAGCA